AUGCGUACUGCACAGAACCUCUCUCGUGCUCACUACAUAACACUCAUUGAACACCACGAGUUUGAGGGAAGUAAUGGACUAAAAAGGGUGCGACUGAAUUUAAAUGCAAAGACAUAUGGAUGUAAAGAGUUUGACUACUUCCAGCUUCCUUGCUACCACGCUAUUGCAGCGGCCAUCUAUCGAAACGUGAACAUGUACAUACUAUGCUCACCUGCAUAUACUCUCCAAACUCUCAUUAACGCAUAUGUCGAACCUGUGUGCCCUCUCGGUGAUGAAGAGGAUUGGAUUUUACCUGAUGACUUCGUCGACCUUAAAGUGGAGCCGCCCAAAUAUUUUCUGCAUGUUGGCCGACAUCCAAACUGUAUGAAUUCCAUUUGUUGGGGAAACCGCCAAGUCCAUAAUUGCGAUCGGUGUGGCAACAUGGAACAUAAUGGAAAAACAUGUCGCCAACCACUUAGAACUAUCGAUUGA